GAAAAGAAAAGAAUAUGAUCCAGGGAUCUGAGUCAGCAGGCGGCAGCGGGUCCUGAGCUGAAUCCCCUCCACCACGACUCAACUUCCGUGCAUCGACUUCAGCUCUGUUCGCCCCGAAAUAAAAACUUGAAUAAAGGAUAAUGACUUUUGACUGAGUUUACAUCACACUAACAACCAUCUGUGGAAGGAAAACCCCGAGCUGAAAACACAGAAGAGAGAAUAGGAAAAGUUGAGCGGACCGUCCUAACUCGUCGUUGUUAAGCUACCUCGUGUCCCUCUGCUAAACAUUCGCCCUCCAGGCUUCAUGUCCGUCCGCGUUUCAGCCAUGAGUGUUCUUCCUCCUGUCCGACGGGACCGCGUCAUUGCUCAGCUCCCUCAGUGUUUCAGGAAAGAGGCCGCCCUGCACACUAAAGAGGAGUUCAACAAUAAAGUGAAGACUGCCUGCCAGGAGCAGCGCACCGGCACUGUGGGCAGAUUUAAAAUCUCCAAGGUCAUUGUGGUGGGCGACCUGGCUGUGGGUAAAACCUGUCUGAUUAAUAGGUUUUGCAAAGAUGCUUUCGAUAAAAACUACAAGGCCACGAUCGGUGUGGACUUUGAGAUGGAGAGGUUUGAGGUGCUAGGUGUUCCCUUCAGCCUCCAGCUCUGGGACACUGCAGGCCAAGAGAGGUUCAAGUGCAUUGCUUCUACGUAUUACAGAGGAGCCCAGAUUGUGAUCAUCGCGUUUGAUGUAACCGAUGUUGCAUCUUUGGGCCAUGUGAGGCAGUGGCUGGAAGACGCCCUGAAGGAGAACGACCCCACUGCGGUCCAGCUGUUCCUCGUUGGCACAAAGAAAGACCUGAGUUCUCCUGCUCAGUAUUCUCAGAUUGAACAAGAUGCCCUCAAACUGGCUCAAGAGAUGACAGCAGAGUACUGGGCUGUGUCGUCCCUGACAGGGGAAAAUGUGAGAGAGUUUUUCUUCCGAGUUGCAUCGCUGGCCUUCGAGACCAACGUGCUCGCUGAGUUGGAGAAAAGUGGAACGAGGCAAAUCGGGGACAUUGUCAAAAUCAGCAGCACUUCAAACAAUCUGAACACUGCAUCGAAGAAGAAGCAGCCUAACUGCUGUCAGUGAGGAUGUGAGCGGGAGUAAGAAGUAAGAGCUGUGGGCUGAAGACGAGGUUUUCCUCAGUGGAAAAAGACUGUGGCUGCACUCUUGGGCUCUUGGGAGGGGUUUCUGUGGUCAAAGCAGGAGGAGGGAUGCUGGACUUAAACCUCCUGACUUUGUGGAGUUCAGCUUUUUACUGGACGUGGGAGAGUUUUUCUUUCUGUGGGAUGUGGAUUCUUGUGGUGUUACUCAGUUGAACUUGUCUUGAGUUACAGGGUGACACAGCAAUUACACCAAACUUCCUGUUCUUCAGAGAUUCCAGGGCAUGACGUGUAAACGUUUCCUGAUGCUUAGACUUUUCUUAGGGCUUGAAUGAAAUAUUCUCUCUUGCUGCUGUAGUCUAAAUAUGUUCCCCCCGUUAAUACUUUCAUGUACUUUAAGGUUUGUCAGUGUUCAGUUUUGAUCUGUCUCCUCUCUUUGUUUAGCCGAGGUUCCUAACUCACAUUUAAGAAUGUGAAAUAUGCACAGAGUAACAUAAGAAAGGCAAAUAUUUAAGGAGAAACUGAAGAUCAACAGAUUGUUGUUGCUUUACUAUUAAGCGGUGCAGGUUUGACUAAAAUAUAAAAGCUGAGAAAUGUAGUACGUACGCUUUACUAUCAUCAAGUGAAGCACCCUACAACCCCCUCAGAUUUAUCCUGUCACCCCUUGUUGGGUCCGUGUUUUUUUUUUUUUUUAAAUGUCUCUACAGUGUUUGGGUACUUUUGACUUUGUUUACGAUCCUAUGAAUGAGCGAAUACGAAUGAGUACUUUUAUAUCAAAAGCUCAAA